AUGCCGAGUAACCGCCAUUCGAAAGGUUCGAUAAACUCGAACUUGAAGAAAGUAGUCAUGUCCUCGAGUGAAUCCGACCAAUAUGUUCGUCACAACAUCCUUCCCGAGAUAGGUAUAGCUGGCCAAGAGAAGUUAUUAAAGAGUAAAGUAGGGAUAUUAGGAGCUGGUGGGUUAGGAAGUCCAGUCAUACAGUAUUUGACUUCCUUUGGUGUUGGUCACAUAUUAAUAGUUGACAACGACAUUGUCGAAUCCGUGAAUUUGAAUCGCCAAGUGAUUCACAACUCUGAGCGCAUUGGGAUGUUAAAAUCUGAGUCUGCUCAAAAGAGUGCACACCUCUUAAAUCCGAACAUAGAAAUACUUCAAAAGUCGGUCAGAGUUGAUGAGACCAAUGGUGUUGAAAUAUUUCAGGGGUGUGACGUGUUAGUGGACUGCUGCGAUAACCACCAAACUCGUUAUUUAAUCUCUUCUGUUGGUGUUAAACUUGGUAUUCCCGUCGUGACUGGUUCUGUCGUACGAUGGGAAGGUCAUGUCACUGUUUUGAAUUACAAGGGUGGACCUUGUUACAAGUGUUUAUAUCCAACAAUGCCAGCAGCUUCUUUAAAUGCAACUGCAAAGACUGCUGGAGUUGUUGGCACGAUAUGUGGUGUUAUUGGGUCUAUAGAAGCAAUGGAAGUUGUUAAAAUAAUACUUGACAAAGGGGAGGUAUUAUCAGGAAAGAUGUUUAUGUUCAAUGGUUUAACUUUAAUGCACAAAAUCGUGACGACCAAGAAGAGAAGUUUGGAGUGCACUUGCUGUGGAUCUUCAAAAUGA